AUACAUUUGGCAAGAUGGUCAAGAUCUACAAACCAGGCAAGGUCGCCGUCAUCCUCUCUGGCCGACAUGCCGGGAAGAAAUGUGUUGUCAUCCGCCAGUCUGACGAGGGUACGAAAGACCGACCCUACCCCCACGCCAUCGUUGCCGGUAUCGAGAGAUACCCUUUGAAGGUGACGAGAAACAUGGGCAAGAAGAGGAUUGCCAAGCGAUCAAAGGUCAAGCCUUUCAUCAAGAUCAUAAACUACUCGCAUCUCCUCCCUACCCGAUACAUGCUCGAACUCGAAUCCCUCAAAGGUAGUGUCGACAAGGAGACUUUCAAAGAGCCUUCCCAACGCGAGGAUUCGAAGAAGGCGAUUAAGAAGGCAUUAGAGGAGAGGUACACCCGGGGUCAAAACCAGUGGUUCUUCCAAAAACUCCGCUUCUGAGCAGCCAGCGAUUGCAUCUAGGGUCUGUGAAGGAGUGCUGUGAGCGCUGUGAGGGUCAGUGACUGGUCGAUGGCUAGGCAUGAUCGUUCCAUUUGCAUCCAUUCUUUGCCUACAACGUG